AUGGCUAAGCCUACACAGCCUCAGGAGCUGGGCUCCACCUUGCCGCAGAGCCUGCCUGAGAUGGAGAAGCUCCUCACCAAGGUAGAGAGCAAGGAUGACAAAGCCCUGAAUCUGUCCAAGUCCCUCUCUGGGGCGAUGGACCUGGAGCAGAAUGGCCACAGUCUGCCAUUCAAGGUGAUCUCUGAGGCUCACCGGGGGGCCUCAAUGCCUGGCUCCCCUUCCCGGGCCAGCUCAAGGCGAGCGUCCUCCAUCAUCACUACUUCCUUCGCUCAGGACCAAGAAGCCCCAAAAGAUUACCUCGUCCUUGCCAUCGCCUCUUGCUUCUGCCCCGUGUGGCCCCUCAACCUCAUCCCCCUCAUCUUUUCUAUUAUGUCUCGAAGCAGCAUGCAGCAUGGGGAUAUGGACGGGGCCCGGAGGCUGGGCCGCCUGGCCCGGCUGCUCAGCAUCAGCUUCAUCAUCCUGGGGAUCGUCAUCAUCAUUGUGGCUAUCAACUUCUUAGUUCCGAAACACAUGUAACCAGGCAGCUGUGCUAGCAGAGACGUGCGCUGGCCAGCGGGAGAGCUCUGAACCCACACACCCUGCA